AUGCCCCAUCCCCCCGGCCCAUUCGACAUCUUCCCCCCCGGAGACGUCCACCACUGGCUCACAGACCUCCAGCGAAGGAUAAAACAAGGCAUCAACCCCCCAGACUCCCCAGGCCCAUCCCGCUCUCCCUCCCCACUCCUCAACGGGGGAUCUACGCAAUAUGAUCCCAUAGAUCAGCAAGGACAGUACAAUGGGAGUGAGGCUGAGAGUGAGAGUGAAAGCGAUGCAAGUGGCGAGGAAGAAGAGGAGCUGGACGAUAUAAAUCACCAGCCGCAGAACACGCUCCCUGCGGCGAAUCAUGUCGAGGUCUCUUCCGACGACGAAGACGAAGACGAGCUUCAAGACGAUGAAGGACAAUUCGAUGAAGAGGGCGAUUAUUAUGAAGACGACCGCGAAGCCAAUGUCGCGUACGAUGAGCAGGAUGAGCUCUACGACGAUGACCCGCGCUACGGUGUCGUGCCCGAAGAGGACCACCAAGCGUACGUUGGGUCCGACGGGGACGUUUACGCGGAUCAGUAUGGGACCGGUGAGAGUGAAGAUGAGGAGGAAGAUGAGGAGGAGGAAUAUGAGGAGGAGGAAUAUGAGGAUGGACGAGAAAAUGAGCCUUCAGAAGAAGGGAACGAGUCGGACGAGUUGGACGGUAUCGAAUACGUUGGUCAAUCCCAAUCCCCCCUACCGGCCCAUUCACCAAUACUCAAUCCUCUCGAUUCUCCACCGCAAGCCGCCCCCGUUCCCUCGGCAGCAGCUUCCACAUCUAUAUACCCAGGUACCGGUAUCUACUCUGCCCCUGCUUCAGCCCUGCCCGCACUGUCUGAUCUGACACACGCGCCAUCCCCAUAUGCCGACCCCGGUGCGCCCAUAUCGACAUCCACCCCUGAUCCCACGUUCUCCGCCCAGGCUCCCCUUCCUCCUAGCAUGGAUACGCAGGUAUAUGAAAGUGAGAUGGAUAUCGACCCCACGUUGCUGGAAAGCGGGUAUCAAAUCGAUACUGCCUUUUUGAAUGAUCUUGUCCAACAUGUGGCUCAGGGGGGGGCACCUUUGAGUGGUAUGGGACAGCCUGGGCCCUCAUUUGGCUCUUUUAAUCCAGCUCAAAGUCAAGAAGUCGACGGGAUGCCCAGCUUGCCAAGUCUUGAUCAACCUGGAGAGGGUGAAGAAGACUUUGAGAUGGGCGAUGAAUACCUGAAUAAUGAGGAGAUAUUGGAAGAGGACGAGGUGGCCGGUGAUCAAGAUGUCUCGGGAAGAGACCCAUCGCAGCCACUCGAACAGGAUGAAGACAUGGAGGAGGCAGAUCAGGAAGCUGCUGAGCAAGGAAGCUUCUCGUCCGGAGAUGCAAGGGCAAAUGUCGAAGAAGGAGAGGAGGAACCGAUUACGGUCAAGACUACAACUGUCCGCGAAGUCAUAGAUGUCGACUCUUCGUCCGAUGAUGGUGAAGAGGAAGAAGAUGAGGCGGAACAGGACGAUCAGGCGGAGGAUGAAGAAGAAGAUGAAGAUGAGGAUGAGGAUGAAGAAGAGGAAGAAGAAGAAGAAGACGGCGAGGGGCGUAUCUCCGCAGCGCACGCGGCAUUCUUGCAAGACGACUCUAUAGAAGAGGAAGAGGAAGAAGAAGAGGAAGAAGAGGAAGAAGAGGAAGAAGAGGAAUGGGGCCGGGCAGACGGCGAGGAUGAGGAAGGGUCUGUUGGCGACGAGCAACCUGAAGACGAACCUCUUGUCGCGAGAGAUCUUACUGUUGAUACGGAUCAAGUGGUGGAAGAUAUCCUUGGCGCAGGAGAAGAGGUGAUCGAAAGCGUAGAGUCCCGGAAUGAGGUCACUUUCGCAAGAUCAGCGACACCUGUCGAGUCGGCCCCUGCGGAGAGUGAGGUUCAUGAAGGCGUCGACGAGGAUCUUGUUGAGACGUCUGCGGAGAGUGCUCAUGAGGCGAAAGAUCUUUCGGACGAAGGAGCGCGAACAGAGCACCACCAGGAAGCGAUCGAGAUACAAGAGACGGACAUCAGCCAGGCGAGCCCGGUGGACCAGGGGGAGCAGCCUGAGAUAUUCCCAGAUUCUGAGGUCAUUAGCGUUGCACGCGAUCAAACUCCCGCAUCAAACGGCUCUCCUUCAACCCCCCCGGAUCCUGCCAGAUCCCCACCACCCACAUCUCUACUCGCUCCCCUCUCCCCCCACUCUCUACAACCCCACCCACCUCGCUCUCCCUCCGUCGAAGCACAGAUCGCCAACGACCCCCGCCCGUCCGAGGUCCCGGAACCCCCACUCUCAAAGGACCAGAGCGAGCGGGAAGAGACGCCUGUAGAGUUCCCAGACCCGAAAAGUGCUCCACCGGAUUCAGACUUUACUGCAGAAUUUGCCUACAACCCCGAUCCACACCCUCCUUCUUCUCCUUCCCUCAUUGUCGAACCUCCCGCCGACCCCAGACCAGACAUUACAUUCUCCCGCACUGUCUCUCGCGCCGCCACCCCCUCGAUUGGGGCUGCUUUCUCCAAUGGCAAUGGGGCUGUACCUGGAACUCCGGUAGAAUUCCCAGACCCCCGUCUGCCUCCUGCGGACGCGCAUCUCGAUGUGCCACUGACCCCGCAUGGUCUUGAGCCGAACGAUGAAGGGGAGCAAAGUCCAAGCUUGCGUGUUCAGGUUGGGGCCUCCAGGAAGGGGAGCCUCUCCGGGCCUUCCUCGCCACCUUCAGAGUCUCAGGAACCCGAAGUAUCUGGCGAUAGUAGGAUAGAAGCGCACUCCGAUCCGGAAGCUUCCAAGUCCAGUGAGCCAGAUGAGCACUCCCCGCGCCAGUCGCCCACAUACGCAGCCUCAGAGAUUGAGGCCGAGGACGCCCCGUCAUUGCCGUUGGAGGACGACAUCCCAAUGGCUCCCAUGGAUGACUAUGACGUUCAAAGUUCAAUUCUUGCCGAGCAGGAAGAGGAGGCUGGCCUAGGUCAAGAACUAGAGCCCCAUGUGGCUGCAGAUGUUGUUCAGGAUGUCGAAACGCCUGGUAUCGAGGGUACCGACGAUAAGUUUGAACAAGUGGCGGCCGACCUGCCCUUGGAUACAGCGGAGCUCGGCGAAGGCGAUCAGCGGGCAGCCGAGGAGCCCAUAGAAGAAGGGCCAGAACAAGUGGCAGACGAAAAUGUUGACACUGGAGGGGAGAAGCCUUACGCAUCUGCUUAUAAAGGCAAGGGUCGCGCAUUGGAGAUCGAGCCACAAGACGAAGGACGCGUCCGCGACGAGCGCUUGCCUUCCGACCCUGCCUCUGCUACGGCCUCUCCCGAACGCCCUCCAUUGGCUACGUCCGAUUCGGCUGUCGGGAGACUGAGACAUCAUCACGGGCUCGGAUCUUCUUCCCACACACGGAUUCCUACACAAGCUGGAGAGGUUUCGAAGAAUAGCCUCAAGAGCCAUCGAGGUAGAGAUGAAGGGUCACCUUCGCCCCUCGCUCCCCCAGUGACGCGUUCGCACUGCUAUUACGAGAAACUGCGCCUAACCUACGAAGGCGCUGUUGCUGUCAUUCUCGCUCCUCACUGUUCCCUCUCCAACACCCAGGAGAUUGAACAUGAAGAGUGCACGGUAGAGGGUGUGCCUUCGGAAGGGGAAGAAGAGCAGGCGCGACUGGGCCAAUUGAGCCAUGACAACGAGGUUUUACAACCUGCGUUCUCCACAAAGCUCCGAAGGAUAGUGGGCGCCCAACUCUUCGACGAGGGAUGUUGUUAUCUUCUCCUUGCCGACGAUAGUGCGAAGCUUCCACUGCCACCAUCCGAGGCCAAAGUAUCAACACCUCAAAGCUCUUCCGCCCGAGGCGGGCCAAAAAGCCGCACGUCCCUUACCAAAUCCCAAGUCAGCCCUUUAAAGCCUGCUAUUGGCAAUCCUCUGACUGCCCGCUCAUUCAAGCGUCUCUCUGCCUCCCUUGAACCCUCCACACCUUCUCGGAAACGUCUGAGUCAAGAACCCGAGCCUUCUCAGGGAUCCCCCGCCGGUUCAGUGACAGAUGUAGGCGAGGAUAGCGCUACGGAUAGCCCGGAAGCCGAUCCCACGCCGAGGAGAUCGACGAGGCUCAGCCUGAAGAGAGAAGCCAAGCAGGCUCCGCCCGUUCGCGAAAAGAGAGGCGGGAGCUCACUGAGGAACCUGCUGGCUACCGAGGAGUCGACUACGCAAAAUGGUCAAGAUACUGAAGGCCCUACGGGGUUCAAUGAGAGGGAAAGUACAGUCCAAUCAGAAGCUGUUGUUCGCCAGGGAAAACGACCAGUGUUGAUCGAUCUGAGAAGCGUUUCACCUGAUUCUGUGCAAUCUUCCGGUUCUCCAACUGCUUCAACGCACUCUCUGCAGGGAGCCGAUAUGUCGUCCUCGCGCGCUCUCGUCGGGAAGAAGAGACAAAGGGACGACGACGCAUAUAGACCGGAUGAGGAGAGUGGGGAUGAAGGACACGCAGAGAAUAGUGAUGAAGAAGAGAAUGAGGACGAAGACAGGCAGGACAGCCCAGCUUCCCUCGAGAAGGGCACAAAGCGCAAGUUGGACACUGGUGAUGGAGACGUAUGGGAGGGCGGCAUCGAGGACGAAGAGGAUGGGGAACGAGCAGCGAAGAGAAGAGCUCUAGAGAAUAUUGAAGAGUCGGGAACUCCCGUAGUGGAAGCUCCGAAAGCUGAAGGUCAGGAGCAAGAUCUAGGCAACGAGACGCAGAGAAGGCAUGGCUUUGGAAAGUGGUUCAGGUGGUGGUAG